AUGGGGCGAUCUUUGACAUGCUUUCUGAUUCUGGCGGUGGUACUCCUGAGCUGCCGCCUUGAAUUGCAGUUUGCCAUGCCCUUCCACGUCAGGGCAAAUGCCGAAAAACCAUUCAUUGAAGCCAACUGCUUCCCUCCCUUAAGGCACAUGUCUCAGGUGGAGGGAAGUGGCAUGGAAGUCCCGAUUCUUUUCUAUCCGGUGAGCAAGUGCAGAAGCUACAAUCCGAAGUACAUGAGCAGUUGGUGUCACAGUGAUUGUCGGUCUUCGCAUCCUUGGCCAGACAUGAAUCUCAGCAGCGAUGUCUGCUUAGACAUGUGGGACAGGACUGAUGGGCCUCAGAAGUUGAUCCAGGAGCUUGGCCAAGGUGGUGAUUGCCUUCUGGCACGUGCUUGUGGGAACAGGCGUGGGAACCGACUGCUGAAGGUUGCAGUGCGGGCCCAUUUGACCAGCCUCCGUAUUGGCCACGGAGCAUGGUGGACCACGGGAGCGCGAGUGAGAAUGCGUCAGAUCAACAACCCGAAAGACUUCUGCGCAGGAUUUCCUUGGUUGCUGGCCGAGGUAGAGGACUUGCGUGACACUGACAAUGACCAAGAGUUCAAAGAAGAAGAGCUCAAGUUGCGGAAGUUGAUUCAGAAGGUGAUCCAUUUGAGUGCGACAACCAAGAAUCCAGAGACGCAGCAAUGCGAAAUGGCCACUUCUGAGUUGGACCAACCCAUCGAUCGUUCACAGCUGUGGCGUCUUGCCCGGGACUGGGAACAUGUCUUGGAUCUUCGCCGGUGGAACCGAAUCAAGUGGCACCGCCGGAAAGCCUACUGGGGCAAGGACGCCGGUAUAUAUUCAACUUCUGAGCGACUUCCAGACUUUGAUCAUCCGGACUCCAUGUUCUGGUCACAGCUUUUCAGCUCGAACUCUUAUUUGGAGAGGCUCCAGCUCCUUCAGAAGUCCUUUUGGGCCGAACUGCAGUUCUUGGAAACCAAGGCCACCAUUCAGAGGCUGUCCUAA